CCUUCGGAAAACCAUAACAAAAGGUCUGGAUCGACAACCAAAUGAGUUCUCUGUUCCGCAGCCUAAAUCACUUUUCAUCGAAACGCGAAAAUGUAGUUAAGGAGGCGCUUAUCAAUACCCUGAACGAAAAUGCCCGCGAGAUAGAGUUCGAAGUAAAGCAGAAAAGUUUGGAGGUUGUGGGACUCUGCGAACAGACCAGUGCACUGUGCACCACUCUAGAGGCCCUAUUUCUGCACGGGUUGAAAGACUCUUUUCUCUCCGCCACCUUUAAUGUCCUCGCUGGCGAUGUGGAACGCAGACCAGAUCCCAGCUUCUGGUCACCCUGUAUGGUCUUUAUGCACAAACAGGUGAUCGAGCAAAUUCAGGGGCUCAGCCAAAUCACCUCGGAAACUGGUCAGUGCCGUGCCUGGGUGCGGCAAUCUCUAAACGAAUCCGUAUUCUCCUCGUAUUUGAAUAACAUGCGCAAGAAUGGAUCGGCCCUGUCGCAGUACUACAAUCGAAACGCUCUGAUCAGAGACUCUGAAGGUCUAGAGACGGCCGCCAAGAUCAUGGAGAGCCUGGAGGCGUACGUGCAGUUCGACCUGCCCGUUAACUCCAGCUUACUAAACCACUGGCCCGACUAUUCGCUGCAGCUAUCUGAUCUCUGGACCCCAGCACUCAAAUCCUGCCCGAUAAGUAGCGGCGUGGAUGUGGCCAGUUCGCUCGGAUCCGACAUCAUAGCGAUACCGACGCCGCAGCCCCUACAGACCAACGAGCUAUUCUCGGAGUCCAUUUCCAAUAGCCCUUUUAGUAGAAACAGCAAUUUCGGGGUACCAGAUCUCACCCAGCGCGAGAACCUUGAUUUGCUGAUACAAAAGUUUGAGGAGAUGGAUGUGAUAAAUGAAGAGCAGACAGCUGGGGAAACAGCAGAAGCGAGUGAAGCUGCAGAGCCAGAUGUUCCGUCGAGCAGCAAGCCAAGGACCCGCAAGAAAUCCAAUCUUCAACUGAACCCUUUUGGCGAGCUGGAUCUUGAGGCACCUUGCAUUAUGCCACAAGGGAGCAAUUCGCUGUCCAAUCUAAUGCAAACCUCCUGGUCUGGUGAUCUAGAAGCAACACCAACUUCACCCACUGAGGAUCUGACUGGAUCGAGAAUUUUUCAAAGAUCUGUCAGCGUUAGUAGCGCCGUGAGUCUGCGUUCUCCCAACACAGACAGGUGCAGCUACAAUGCCCUACUACGGAAGCACGAGAGUAAUCGGGAAGGCGGAGCCGGAUGGUCGGAGAUCUGGGAGAAGUUUAGGGCCAGUGCCUCUAACCUGAAUGUGACUCAACCGCAGCGUGAUAGUGAUCCGCCUGUUUCAGAGGAUUUGAGUGAUCUUCAGUCACUAGAUACCAACUCAGAGUUCGAGCUUCUAACCUCUGAAUUUGACAUGGUUGAGCUGCAGCAAAUGGUAGCCCAGUUAUGCCAACUAGCUCGAGAGCCGGGUCUUAAUGUCCAAGGAUUCCUGUGCAAGAGCUGUCAACAUCCACUGGGCAUUGGCUACUCCAACUUUCAAGUGUGCGCGUUUAGUGGUAGUUACUACUGCAAUAGCUGCAUGGAUGUGGAGAUGCAACUGAUACCCGCUCGUAUUAUCUUCAAUUGGGAUUUCCGUAAAUACAAUGUAAGCAAGCGUGCAGCGACUUUUCUGGCCGAAUUUCGUUCACAUCCGUUCCUGGACAUGCAACUGCUGAACCCCAGAAUAUAUUAUGCCUCCGAUGCCAUGGCUGAAUUGCAAUCUUUGCGUAUCCGACUGAACUUCAUACGGGCUUAUUUGUACACCUGUGCCCCGGAAAGCAUAGAUCUGCUACAGAAUCUAUUCUCAGGCAGAGAGUACCUGUACGAGCAUAUUCACCUAUACUCCAUAGCAGAUUUGGCCUUAAUUCAACGGGGUGUACUGUGUCAGCAGCUGCAGAAAGCAUUUAAACUGGGUGAAGCGCAUGUGUUGAAGUGCAAACUGUGCCAGCUGAAAGGAUUUAUUUGCGAGAUCUGCCAGAGUCCAAGGGUUUUGUAUCCCUUUCACAUCAGUACUACCUUUAGGUGUCUGACCUGUGGAGCCGUGUUCCAUGCAGAGUGCCUGAAUGAGAAACAACCAUGUCCCAAAUGUGAACGAAUUCGCAAACGCGAGGAUCAAGGUCUCCAAGAGGCUGUGCAAUGUCUUAAGCAAAAGAACGAGGUUGCUUAGUUCAGCCAUAUUUAGUCAUUAAGUUGAAAAAGUGCGAUUUGUUAUUACAUGUAACCAAAAAAAGGCUUUACUUUACAUUUAAACUAGGAUUAGGAUCCAAAUUGUUAUUGCUUGGAAGCAUUUACACUUACUCAAAUAUAUAUACAUAAACCAUA